CCAUGCGCUUCCUCCCCCUCCUCCUGGCGGCGCUGCCGCUGGUUGCCGCGCUCCCCGCGCCUGCGGAGCCUGCCGACGCCAGCGCCGUCGUUGGCAACGAGCGCCACCUCGGCUGGCCCUGCACCAAGUCGAGCCAGUGCGGGACCAAGGACCUCUACUGCCGUCGCGGCAAGUGUGACGUCCGCAAGAAGCUCGGUUCAAAGUGUUACAAGUCAAUCGGCUGCAUCUCCAACAAGUGCUCGGAGAAGCGCUGCGUCGCCGGGGCCGUGCUGACGCUUGGCGAGCGGUGCGAGACAAGCAAGUCGUGCGCAUCAACGUACUGUGGCAAGUCCAAGUGCGCCGUGCCGCAGCCCGUUGGCGCCGAUUGCUACAAGCCAGCCGGCUGCCUGUCCGGCAUCUGCACGGACCACAAGUGCGCGGCGCCGGCGACGACGCCAAACCCGGAUCCUACGACGCCCCCUACGACGCCCAAGGACCCCUCCGCGCCUCAGGACCCCUCCUCGCCCCAGGACCCCUCCACGCCGACCAACCCGACGCCCAACCCACCGACAGAUGAAGUCGGCAACGUCUCGGACAACGGCCACUUUGAGGAUGACGAGGGCGGUCUCGCGCCAUGGCAGACGAUCGGAGAGACAAAGCGCAGCGACGUUGACUAUACCGCAUGGGACGGGACACAUUACGCAAUUCUGGAAGUCAACGAGGCUGGAGGCCCCGGACUGUACCAGCAGCCGUACACAGAGCCGCCGCCGACGAGAAGAGACGGCCUCGAGGCGCGCGACACACAGAUCCCCAGCGCAUACGACGUCUCGCUGAGGUACCGUGUGAACAAGAUUGCCAACGCUGGAGCAAAGGGCUGCCGCCUGGCUGUCCUCUACGACGGAAAGGCGCCAGACGCCAGUGGUGUCGUGCGGUACACCAGCGCAAGCAGCGAGUGGAAGGAGCUGCGCGCCAACGUCAAGAGCGACGAGGCCAUCCAGUACCUCUUCAUUGUCAUGGACUGCCCCGACGGCGGCACCACAACCGUUCACAUCGACGACGUCAACUUUGUUCCCUUGGCGCCGGAGGAGCCUGCCUUCACGGCAACCGAUGUCGCCAGGAAUGGCGGCUUUGAGAGCGGCAAGGACCCCUGGACCUUGGUGGGCAAAGCCGAGGUCGUCAAACUCGUUGGCGUGGUACCGCCGGACGGCGACUACUACCUCCGUCUCUACCGCGAGGGUGGCACCGCACGCCAGCUCCUUGAGAUGCCCGCCGGCACAAAGGUGGCAGGCUUCAACUCGUACGACAUCAAGUUCAAAUACCGACUCGACAGCUACUACGGGGGCAAGGCAAACGCCGGCCAGCCUGCCUGCAGGCUGGAUGUGUCUUACGACGACGAGCCACCGACAAAGCAGGUGUAUCUGAGCGCAGCGGACGUCAGCAAGACGUGGACUGAACUUACGGUCACCGUCACCAACGACGCGGAUUUGAUCAAGGCAAUCCAGAUCGAAUCGUACUGCGGCGACUACCAGAAUGCUCUGGCAGACGUCUACAUCGAUGUUGUCCAAGUCCUCAGCAGGGCGCCGGGAACGACGACGCCGCCGACGACGCCGCCAAAGAAAGACGAUGUGUGCGUCAAUGGCGGGUUUGAGGACGGAGCAGAGUCGUGGACGUUUGCCAGCGAUGCGGCCAUCGGGACGUCAUACCCAAAGGACGGCAACGGCAAGAAGUAUGCGGUCCUCCAGGGCCACACCAAGGAUUCGAUCAGUCAGCAAGUCCAGCUCCCUCCCGACGGGACGACAGGGUCAGGAGGCUUCUAUCAGUAUGUUGUGAGGUUUGAGUACCGGGUCUUCGAGUACGACUUUGGGGGCGGGGCCAACAGCGGCACCUGUCAGAUCGGAGUCAGCCACGAUGACCUUCCCAUCGCCGACGUCGACAAACGCACAAUCGACAGCGCCAGCGGUUGGGGCACCUACGAGGCCACCCUCACGAGCGACAUGGACUGUGUUCAGAACAUCAAGAUCAGCACAUCGUGCGGCGGCAUGGCGUCAACUCUGGUGGCCGUCGACCAGGUCCAGUUCUUGCCGAAGGCAUACACGCCAAAGACGGAGCCGACCGACGUUGCCCGUAACGGUGGGUUCGAGAGCAGCAAGGAGCAGUGGACCUUCGCAGGCCAGAGCAGCAUUGGCACGAUCAACUCGGAGUACGAUCAGCAGUAUGCAAUCCUCCAGGGCGGUGACUCGAUUAGCCAGGACAUCAAGAUGCCGGACAACUCACUCUACCAGGGCUACCAAGCGUACCGCGUCCGGUUCAAGUGGCAUGUACAGGCGUACGCUGCGGGCAGCACAGGCACCGGCAAGUGCCAGGUCUACAUCACCCAGGACAACGCCCAGGUCGACGCCACUCUCACUCCAUUCGACACUCCGUUCAGUGGCUUCAUCGACUUCAGCUCAUACAUCGGGAAGGAAGACGGCUUCAUCAAGAACAUCGGCUUCGGGUUGAGCUGCAGCUCGGGUUACACAGCGACGAUCUACAUGGACAACGUGCAUUUUGAACCGACCGAGUACGUGCCGCCGCCCAAGACAGAGCCGACUGACGUUGCACGCGACGGCGACUUCGAGGAAGGCGCCAGCUCGUGGAACUUCGCUGGCGACGCCAUGGUCUCCGGCGCAGAUCCGAUGUGGGAAAAUACGAAGUACGUGGAGCUCAAGCCAGGCGGCAAGGUCUCUCAGACACUCGUGAUGCCUCCGCGUUCGCUUUACGACGGGUACUAUGGCUAUAGCGUCGCAAUGAAGUGGCGAGGAAAGGAGUUCACGUCCUCCGGCGGCCUGUGCUAUCUCUACUUCUCCCAGGACGGCAGCCGGACAAAACUCGGGACCAUGGAAUACGCCUUCGGAAACUCGUUCCCCGGCUGGGUCGACUUCUCUGGCCCCAUCGAGAGCGAGGACGGCGAGGUCGUCAAGAGUAUCAGCAUCGGCCUGGAAUGCGACGCGACUGCCAACGCGGUUGUCUUCAUUGACCAGGUGUCAUUCACGCCCAUCAAGGACUUGCUCAACGCGGCCCGUAAUGGGCGAUUCGAAGCCUCUGACCUCUCGCCGUGGGUGGUCACCGGCACGACUCUGAGCAACAGCGACAAGACUGCCAAGGACGGCCUGCACUACGCCCAGCUGUCUGCUGCCGCAGGCGGAAGCGGGGCGACGAUGUCGCAGCAGAUUGUGCUACCGGCGCGCUACCCCCUCGACGGAUCGGACGGCUACAAAAAGUACGACGUAAAGCUGUUCUACAAGAUUGUCAGCUACAACGGCGGGACCGCCACCGGCGGCGCCGCUGCUUGUGUGGAGCACCUACACCAAGACGAUCAGCGACGUGAGCGAGAUUAG